AUGAAAAGCGCUUUGGAAGAGCACAAUGCACUUGUGAAAAGAGCGGAGGUCGCCGAAAGCGCUCUUGCUGAAACGUUAGAGAACGUUGCGGCAGAAGCGCGAGUCAAGGUGAAGGAAACGCAAAACCGGUCGGAGAAGAGGAAAAAAGAUUCGCCAGUGGAAUCCGAGCUGCCCAAAAAGCGCAAGAGCGACCAGAGCGAUAGCGAUGAAGAGGGAGCGGAUUGGAGCAUAGCCACGAACAAAAAGGAGAGGAAAAAGAAAGAAAAGGAAAAGGAAACAAAACGCAACGAGGAAAAAACGGAAGUUAGGAAGCAGGAGAAAGGAAAACCCAAUUCUCGCCGGGUAAGAACCAAAGGUGACGCGCUCAUUGUUGAAGCAAAGGGAGAAACGUCAUACGCUGCUCUCUUUCAAAGGAUGAGAGAGGACCCGAAACUGAAAGGUCUAGAAAAGAACGUGAUAAAAUCUAGGCGCACCCAAAAUGGUGAAUUGCUGUUUGAGCUGAAAAAAGAUCCGGCAAGCUCAGCAUUCAAGGAGAUGGUUGAAAAGGUCUUAGGCGACGAGGCGAACGUGAGAGCCUUAUCUCAGGAGACCACGAUCGAGUGUAGGGAACUGAGCAUGUUUACUACGGAAAACGAUCUGAGACAGAAGCUGGAAACCGAAAACAUCUUGGGUAAGGUGCCGAUGAAAAUCCGGCUAAGAAAGGCACGCAGCGAACAAGUUGUUGAAGUUAAAGAGAAUAAACGUCUGCUGGGCAGUGGGUCGCUUCAGGACUAUUCCGCGUGUUCCCAACCAAUUGGAGAGGUGCUUUAA